CCUGAUAAACUUCCCCACCAAAUGGUAUAAAUAAUCAAGCUACUGAAACAUGGGCUCAUAUGUUGAAGUUAUACACCUUGAAGAAGACGAAGUUACGACCAAAAAGUCAUCUCAAAAAGAUGAAUCUCCAAUAUACUACAGAGGUAUUUUUCUUCCUUCUAUUCCUAACGACGUGCGUUACUUGCAAGGGAGGACAAAAAAAGAAAGGACCAAAAUUUUUCAAAAAAAGGCUGGCAAAACGUUUCGUUGAAAAAUAUAACUGUAGAAGAAUAAAAAGAGAAGUGAAAGAUGGAUUUGCUAAAUAUGACGAAUAUACACUCGACUGUGAAAUAGGCGAUUUAUCGCCUUCCACAUUCACUUAUGUCGAAAGUUGUAAGACAUGUUGGAAUCCAGCAGAAGAAAAUAAAAACACUGAUCCCAAUUACCAACCCCUCGCAAUUUGGACUGAUGUUGAAUUUGCCCCGACGGGUACUGGAACAAAAAAUGAAAAAUAUAGAAUGAUUAAGGCAUGCAGCUGUGAGAAGAAAGGAAAAAACAAAAAAGACAAAAGAGGAAGAAACAAUAGAAAAAAUAAAAAGGGAAAAGAACAGACAACGGAAAUGAUUGAUUAGCUCAAAAAGAAAAUUCAAAAAGCUUCCAAGACUGUGUCUACCUUAAUUUACUUCGUAUCUUCGUUUUUUUGCAACUGUCAUGACUUACAAUUAAACAUUAACAAUUAAAUACAGUACCUGUACAUUAUUUCAAACUCAAAAAUUUUUUUUACAGUUUUUACUAAACUUCGAAAUUUUUUAUAGUCUGAUUGCUAUUUGAUAUCAACAAGAAUUUUGCCGUUCGCUACUAUUUUAAAGAAAUUCUUAGUAAUGAAAAUAUUUAUUACUAUUUAUUUAUUUGUAAUUGGAAUAUAAAAAUACUGAAAUAUAAAUAAUCGGUAGUUGAAUUUAUAAAAUUUUUAACAGUGUUUCUUUAUUGUUUCUAUAUUUAUUUUUCAACUUUCGAAAUCCCUUAUUUGAUUUAUAUAUGAUUACAAAGAUAUGGUGCUGCUAAAUUCCAUUUUGGUACAAUUAACCAUUUACUGCUAUAGUACAGUCUGUAACAUUUGAUUUCUGUAAUGCUACUUUUCUUCAAUAUUUCGAAAUUUUUACUUUGGUUCAUUAUACCGUAGCAACAUCUGUAAGGUAAUUUUUGCAAAUUUAUUUACAUCCUUUAUGCUUCGGUGUUUUGGAAAAUUAGGGACAAGCUGUAUUUCAAGAAAAGAAGAAGGUAUUAUAAUACAUAUAAUUUUGUUUACCUCGAUUUUAUUUUUUCAUUUCCCGUAUAAUUUCCCCGACAACCGUUUAUAUACAUUACAUAAAGCUGUUAUUCUUGUGGAUAAAAAUACUUUGAUUGACUUUCAUUUAUCAUAGCUGAUCAUUUGUCUUCAUACGUAUUUAUAUUUCUUCUACUGUGGACAAAUAGUAUAUUGUAUUUAAGACGUUAAUUUAUUGGAGUAAGACAUUGACUGGUUGGUUACUUAUGUUUAACCAUAAAUAUUGCACAUUUAUUUUCGUUUAUUUAUUUUUACUGGUACGGUGUUAUUUAUAUAUUUUUAUUUCUUUUUGCAAUCAUGGCUUCAUAUACCAAUAAACUGUGCUUCAGCUCGCUACAAAUAAAUAUCAA